AUUGUCCAUUAAUUCCCUUUCACUCAAGCCAAGAGGUUCAACUUAUCGUAUUAAUUCAAAUAUUUUUAUCGCAAAUAAUUUGUCAAGUCCAUUUAAGUCAGCAGUGAAAACGACGCAGUGCUACAGUUUUAUUAAAAAGCGAUUAAAUAUUAAGCUCAUUCCGAAGCCGCUUUAGAACUUGGUAAGCAGUGAAAUUUCGCUUCCUUGGACUCAGAAUGGAGACGAAGACCUCGGGCCGCCGUAAGCGCCAGGACUCUGCUGACGGGGAGGAGGAGGCCGAUCUUCGCCUGAAGAGGACUGCCGAGACGAAGGCGGCGACCGUGGAGAGGCUGAUGAGGGGCCUAGGUUUGCAGGACGGAACUUCGCUUGAGCUGAGGCUGGCGAACCUGUCGUACCUGGCGUUCCUGCUCAGCAAGGGAAUUAGCGGCGAGCUGAAGAAGCACAUUAUGAGCCUGCUGAUAACCUGUGUGGGCAGUCAUCCCGGACAGGCCAGUGUCUAUGCCACGUUUGUGGGCCUACUGAAUGUCGGAGACUUUGAUUUCGUCUCCGAGUGCCUGUCGUUCAUGUUGCAGAAGGCUUACGAGUCGAUGCACACUCGCGAUUGGUCCAAGUGCCGGGGAGUAGUCCACUUCCUGGUGGACCUGUACAACUGCCAAGUGAUUCCGUCGUCCUCCCUGCUGAACCUCCUCGCAGUCUUCCUAAAGGAGUGCGAGGCUCUGAGGGAUCCGGACGAUGUGGUGGUAGCGGCUCCGCAGACACGUCGCGAUUGGCUUGCUUACUGUGUGCUAUCCGCCAUGCCCCUUAUUGGUAAAGAUCUGGAGGGGGAGGCGGCAUUCGAGAAGCUGAUGGUCUCACUGCAGAUCUACAUCAAGAAGCGGUGCGCUAUGCACACCACCAUGCUGAGUGUUUGGCGAGAUCUCAAGCAGAGGGACUAUCUGGAGCUGCUAUGGCAGCAGGUGGACGGAUUGAGGCAGGAGCAUUGGGCCGAACCGGAGCACCAGCUGAUCCCCCGACUCUAUAUGGCCUUCGAUGAGACCUUGAGCCACGGCCAGAUGCACUACAUAAGGGAUUUUCAGUUGGCCCCCCAUGAGCAGGGUUGUCGCUAUCCCCCGCCUCGAGUGUGCUUUCGCAUCUUCUCCUACGACUCCGUCGGCGAGAUCCAUCAUUUGCCCUCGCCGGUGCGCAUCGAAAGGCAUCUGCUGGAGGCCCAAAUCCAGGAUAUGCUGCACUCCUUUCACAAAGAAAGAAGAAUCUGUGCCGACAGCCUCUUGGGCUACGCCGCCUCCAAGCCCCAGUUGCCGGUCUAUCACUGCAUCGUGGAGGUGAUCUUGGGCGAGAUGCUGCAGCUGCCCACAGCCCAGUGGAUCAACAUUAACUACGGAGCCCUUCUGGUGCAGCUGUGCAAGGGCCAACCAGACAAGGUGCCCCAGGUGGUGGUCCAGGCCAUGGACAUCCUCUUCAAUCGGCUGGGCUCCAUGAGCGUGGCCUGCUUCGACCGGCUGGUCAACUGGGUGUCGCAUCACAUUAGCAACUUUGGGUUUAUCUGCCAGUGGAGUAAAUGGGCUCAAAGCCUUCCAUCGCCAAUCGAUCCGAGUGCCAGCAAUCUGCAGCCAAAGGUGGUUUUCCUUAGGGAGUUGAUCAAGAAGUGCCUCAGAUUGUCGUACCAGCAACGAAUUGCAGAGAUGGUGCCGGAUACCCUGGCCGGUUUUCUUCCGCCGCCUACGCUUCCGCACUUUAAGUUUGUCGAUGAAAAACUUCCUGGUGCCAUUUUGUCCAAGAGUCUGCUAGAGGCGAUGCGCAGCAAGCAAUCAUGCCCAGAAAUGAUCUCCGAGAUUAUUAGUGCCACCACUGGAAUCGGUCCGCUGCUCAAGAUCAACGUGUUCACCCAGAACUGCCUUCAUUUGGGAUCCAAAUCAUUUAGCCACACUUUCGCAAUUCUCAGCAAAUACCACUCUGUCUUCAAGGAUUUGGCUGCAGGAGAUCCGGAGAAGCAGCUCGCGAUCUUGAACGGAAUCUUCGAUGUGUGGGUCGCCAGCGAUCAGUAUAAAUUUGUGGUGUCUGAAAAGCUGGUCAAGAUGGAGAUCAUUGAUCCCAAUAGCGUUGUGAACUGGAUCUUCGACCCUAUGAUGCGCCAGGAGCUCACGAAGAUGUACGUGUGGGAGCUUCUUCACUCCACUGUGCGCCACCAAAAGCGUGUCCAGCAUGCGAUUGAGGUCGUGGAUGUCGAUGAUCCAAGUGCGUCCGAUCCUAUAGUCAAAGGCAUCCUGUUGAGCAUAGUUCAGCGUUUUGUGAAGACCCUAUCUGGUGCUCCGGUGGCAGACGAGGGAACAGAGGAGCACUACUGGUUCCAGUGGGUUCUGGGAAGGCUGCAGGAGACGCUCUUUAUCUAUGCGGAUGACUGCAAGACUUUCUCGUGCAAGUUGCUUAAGAUAUGCGAGACCUCCGAAGUCAGGCCUGAAAUCUCAAAAACCAUCGAGGCCUUUGUGGCUUACAUCAUGUAACUUCUGUUGAAGAUUUCAUUUGUGAUUAUCAAUUGGUAUUUAAUUUAUAUUAUAAUUUGUAAUUACAAUUGAUAUUGGUGUUGUUUGUUAAUUUUAGACCAAACGAUCUUUAAUAAUAAAGUCAAGGCACAUAA